AUGGCUGGUCCCUGGUUGAAGUACCGUGGUCACUUGGACAACAUCUCCAACAACAUGCUGAUCGGUGCUAUCAACGAGGAGAACGGUGAGGCCAACAAGGUCAAGAACGCCUUCACUGGUGUUUACGAUGCUGUCCCCGCCACUGCCCGUGACUACAAGGCCCGUGGUAUCAAGUGGGUUGUCAUUGGUGACUGGAACUAUGGUGAGGGUUCUUCCCGUGAGCACGCCGCUCUGGAGCCCCGUCACCUCGGUGGUCUGGCUGUCAUCACCCGCUCCUUCGCUCGUAUCCACGAGACCAACCUGAAGAAGCAGGGUAUGCUGCCCCUGACCUUCUCUGACCCUGCCGAUUACGAGAAGAUCAAGCCCGAUGACAAGGUCGACCUCAUGUGCACUCAGAUCGAGGUUGGCAAGCCCAUGACCCUCCGUGUUCACCCCGCUGCUGGUGGUGAUGCCUUUGACAUCUCCCUCAGCCACACCUUCAACGAGUCCCAGAUUGAGUGGUUCAUUGAUGGUUCCGCCCUGAACACCAUGGCUCGCAAGUCUGCCAACUAA